GUAAGGGCGCAGCAAGAGGCAGCGCAUAGCGGCAUCGGCGGCUCUGGGCAAACGUGGCGAGCUCUUUCUUACGCAGCCUGCAGCUCACCAGCACGUGCUAGUUAACCAAGCAGGCGCAGUAGGCACAGAUAGCACAUAGGCGCUCGCGGCCAGCCGCACAACGUUGCGCCGCUGCUCCCUCGCGGCAUAGCUCGAUCGACCGCAGCGGCAGCAGAGGGCAGUGGGCUCGGCAGGGCCCGCACAGGCCACCACAGGGCGGGCGUACCUGAGGUCGAGGCAGCUCAGCAGGCGGCAGUGGUCACGAGAAGGACGCGGCGAGCCGCACCACCGCACCACCGCCCCCGGGGCCUGAGGCACUGGGCCUCAGCGCAACCAGCCGCACCUCGCGCCGGACUUGGCUGCACCACGCUACCCCAUGCAUCAGCACCAUCAGAACCAGCAGCACCCGCAGCAAGACCCAUAUAUGCUGCAGCAGCAGCAGCGGCCGCCGUCGCCCCGGCCUGGCGCCGCCGCCACCACGACUGCCGCCACCACCGCCGCCGCGGUCGCGGUGCCCCACCCGCUGUCCCACCCCGCCUACCUGCCACGCCUGUCCGUGCCGACCGCCGCCGCGCUGCUGCUGCCGCGCAGCCGCUCCCACCCCUCCCCCUCCCGCUUGACACCACAUCGCACGCCCACACCGCCGCCACAGCCUCCGCCUCCGCAUCAGGAGCUACUGCUACAGCCACGGCAGCCGCUACCGCAGGCACGGCUACAGCCGCCGCCGCGCUCGCCUGCUCGGUCGGGCCGCGCGGCCCGGUCUCCCACACCGCCGCCGCCGGCGUUGGUGCCGACGCAGCUGCUCACACCUCACUAUGAUUUCGAAUUGGGUUUGGAUUACUACGGCCAGGGGUGGCCGGAUCUGCGGCGGCAGCAGAGAGACACCUUUUACGAGGCCGGCGGCGGCGGAGGCGGCGGAGGAGGAGGUGGAUUAUGGGUGUCAAUGGGUGAGGAGGAAGCACUGCCGCCGCGGCGCGGCAGCGGCGGCGGGACUGGUGCGGGUGGAGGUGGUGGCGGCGGGGAGGCAGGCGGUGGUGGCGGCGGGGGCGGGGAGGCGGGCGGUGGUGGCAGAGGCAGCGGAGGGCGCCCAGUCGUGCUCCCGACACCUGCGCCCGCACCUGUGCCCGCGCAAAAGCAAGUGACACCAGAGAGUGGGACAGCGGCGGCCGCGGCAGGGGGUCAGGGGGCUGCAGGGUCAGGCGGCGGUGGCAAUGGCGACAGCGCAGCAGCAGCAGCAGCAGCAGCAGCAGGUGGGGGCGGAACAAGCGUGGCCGAGGAUAUGGCGGCGCAGGAGGCAGCACAUGUGGCGGGGUCUGUGCUGGCAGCGGUGGACAUGGUAGCCCACAAGCCGGGGGCAGCAGCAGUGCAGCCUCGUCGGCCACCUCCGGCGGCAGUGGGCGCACACGACGUAUUGGCACCGGAGGCGGCGGCGGCGGCGGCGGCGGGACUGACCGCGGGAAUGGCAACGGGCUGUGCUCCCGGUGCAGGACCCAGCAGCACCGGUGACGCCACUACCGGGACCCCCACUGCUGCUACAGCCCCUGUGGUGACCCCCACUGCUGCUACAGCCACUGCGAUGACCCCCACUGCUGCUACAGCCGCCACUGCACAUCCCGCCGUAGGCGGCAGUGGUGGAGAGACGGGGGCAGCGCUACAUCUACCACUGCUGCCACCGCUGCUACGGCCACCGGCGGCUCCACCCGGCGGCAGCCGCCUGCGGGCGGCGGCGGCGGAGCUGCGGGCGGCGGCGGCGGCGGCGGCGGCGGCAGGCAGCACCGCGAAGAGCACGGGUGGUGGUGGUGGUGGUGGUGGUGGUGGCGAUAGUGGGGGUGGUGGUUACGGUGGUAGUUACGGUGGUGGUUACGGGGGUGGCGGUGGUGGUGGUGGUGGGCAGCUGCAGCAUCCUAAGGCCCAGGGGAUGGCGCAGGGGCAGAUGGAGGGGCAGGGAGGGGGGCAGGGGCAGGGGCAGGGCUGCGGCACGGAGUUGGCAGCGGCGGGGGCAGCGGCGGAGGCGGCGGCGGCGGAAGCUGCACUGGCGCCAUGGGCGUCUCCCCUGUUGGGCGCGGCGCCGACCUCGGCAGUGACACUGCUGGAAGCAAUGGCACAGCCGCCGCAGCUGGUGCCGCUGGAGCCGCUGGAGCCGCCGCUGCUGGAGCCGCCGCUGGUGCCCGUACGUGAGGAAGCAAUGGCACCAGCAGCGGGAGCAGAGGGAGCAGCAGCAGCAGCUGGCGGCACGGGACCGGCGGCGGCGGUGGGCGUCGCGGCGUCUCACCUGCUACUGCCAUCGACAGACCCGCCGCCGCUGCAGCCACCGCUACUACUGCUGCUGCGGGCGCAGCGGGUGCAGAGCUGCUGCUGGGUGGUCGGGGCCGAGGACAGGGGGCAGCGGCGGGGGCAGCGGCAGCACGAGGAGCACGUGGCACAGGCGGCGGCACCGGCGGCGGCACUGGUGGCGGCGGCUACGCCGCACCCGGACGAGCCGCCUGUCACUGCCGCCGCCGCCGCCUUAGCCGCCGCCGCCGCCGCUGCUGCUGCUGCCGACCCGGGCUUGGCCACCGCCUCUGCAUUGCAGCUGCCCGCCCCGCAGGCUGCGCAGGCGGCACAGGCGGCUGGUGCUCGGGCCCGCAGGCGGCCCGCUGCUACAGCCACCGCCACCAGUGACACCGCGGCGGCUGUGGCUGCUACAGCCUCCACCUGGGUCCCUGGCCGUCCGGGCGAGGAGGAGGAGGUGCAGCAGCAGCGGCCGCGGCAGCCGGCGGCGGCGGCGGUGGUGUCGGGGGAGGAUGGGCAGGCACGGGAGCGCGGCCGGCAGCGGUCGGGUAAGCGCAGGAGGCGGGAGGGGGGCGAGCGGGAGGGGCAGCCGCACCGGCACCCGCACCCGCACCAGCACCAGCAUCGGGACGCGCAGCAGCAGCAAGCAGUAACGGCAGUUCCGGAGGCUGCGGCUGCGGCAGUAGCAGUGGCGGCUUGCCCAGCGGAGGAGGCGGAAGCGAAGGCGGCAGCGACACACGGCGCCGCGGGAAUGGGGGAGCAGGUGGCGGGACAGGUGGUGGGGCAAGAGGAGGCGCACACGCAAGAAGCGGUGCGGCGGCGGCGGCGGGAGGAGGCUGAGGCGCAUACGCAGGAUGAGGGACUCAUUCUUACGCUGGAGGCUGGCAUGGGCGGCGGCGGCGGCAGUGCAGGGGGCGGUGCAGGUGUGGGUGCAGGUGUGGGUGUGGGUGUGGGUGCAGGUGUGGGUGCAGGCGGCGGCGUCAGGCCCGCCCUGUCAGCACACUCGCUGCACCUGCAGCCACGGCCGCCAGCAGUCCCGGUCGCCAGCGCUGCUACAGCUGUAGCCGCUGCGGCUGCUACAGCCGCGGAGCACCAGGCAGCGGAGGCGGCGUGUGAGCGGCUGCGUGCAGCCCUGGCGCGUGUCAGCCCCCCUCCCUCCCGCACCCCCAGCCCCAGCCCUCGCCGGCCGACGCUCUCCCCCAUCUCCGCCCCACGCCUGUGUUCCUCGACCGCUGUAGCUGCUACUGCUGCUAGCGCGGGAGCAGGGUCAGGGGCAGGAGCAGGACUAGGAGCAGGUGUGGCGGCGGGCGAUCCCCUGCCGCUUUUCCCACACCACCCGCCGCCGCCGCCGCAAAAUAUACAGUGGCACCUGCAGCCACAUCAGCAGCUACAGCAGCAGCUACAGCCGCCGCAGCUACUGCCAACACAGCUACAGCCACCACAGCUACAGCCGACACAGCUACAGCCCGACCACGUGCUGCGGGCUGCUGCAACCCUGGGGACCCAAGUGCUGGCGGCGGCAGAUGCGGCGGCGGAGGCCAGUGCCGCUGGUGCUGCUGCUCCUGCUGCUCCUGCUGCUGCCGCCGACCGAAUGGAUGUGGAUGUGUGGGACGGGGCGUGCGCGGCGACGCAGAUGGCGGAGCUGCAGCCUGCAGGCUGCGGCGGCGGCGGCGGCGGCGGCGGCGGUACUGGCGGCGGCGGCCCGGCGGCUCCGCCACUGCAUCAGCGCCUGGCGGCGGCGUCGGGUCGGCUGGCGGCGGCCCUGGCGGCGGCGCAGCCUGCAGCGGAUGCGAGCGCGUAUCGGGCGCUUGAGCAGGAGAACCGCAGGCUGGCGGCGGCGCUGGCGGCGGAGGUGUGUGGUCGCAGCGCGGCUCUGGCGGCCCUGCACCAGGCGCAGACUGAGCUGCAACGGCGCGGGGCGGCGCUGGCGGCGGCGGCGGACGAGGGCCGGCGGCUGCGGCGGCAGCUGGCGGCGGCGGAGGGGCGUAGCGGGGCGCUGGCGGCGGCGCUGGCGGCACAGGAGCUCGUCAAGGAGGGGCUACUGAGGCUGCUGGCGGCGGGGGCGGGGCUGGGAGGUGCAGGUGGAGGAGGUGGAGGCGGCGGUAGCGGUGUGGGAGGUGCGGCCGUGCCGCAGCCGGAUGCGGGUGCGGGACCGGCGGGGCUGUGGCCGCCUGCAGGGGGCCCAGCCGCGUCGUCGUGGCGGCUGUAAGAUGAGGCAGCUUUGGCAGAGAACGGCAGCGGAAUGACACGAUGGGGCUCAGGUGCGUGCAAUCCUAUAUAAGUGUGUUAACAGGCGACAAGGAGGUUUCUUAUGGAUGUUUCUGCGCACAUGGCUUACAUAAGUGCACAGUAAUGAUGGUGGGCCGCCCCGCAGCAGGAGUUCUAGUUAGGAUAGGUAGGAAGCAAGUGCGCUCGGGCGGGCGUACUAAAUUGCACGCAGUUGCACAUAUUCGUGGCCUUGGUC